CACUAAUUACUUAAUUCCCACCUCCUCCAUCGAAAAUGGCAUCUGGGUUUUGCUCACUGCGUCCCACUCUCACUUCCUUAUUCUCCUUCUCGCUUGCACCCACUCUACGGUGGCGUUCGAGCUCGCUGCGUAUCUCCCGCGCUUUAUCUGCUGCGACUGUUCCGAUAAGCUCCUCCUCCUUCACGUGGGACGACGUCGUCGAAAUCGGUCGCGCGGAGUAUGCGCCUUGUAACUCCGACGAUCUCACCGGAUUUCUCGAGAAAGUCGACCGCUGCAAUCGCGGAUCCGAAAAGUUAGCUGAGUUCAUUCCAUUUGUUAUAGAGGAACAAAUCGUUGGUUAUAUUCAUAAGGGAUUUACGGAGUACUUGAGGGACUUUCAUGAUAUCUUUACGUUUUCACAAAAUGCUUCUUCCCCAGACUGUGUUGAUGGCCAUGUAACGCUUAAUCUGAUGCUUGAAAAGCCUGAAGAUAGAACCAGAGCAGUAGCAGAUGUGAUCAAAAUCUUGGGUGACAAAGGAAUCAUUCCAGGAAUACGAAAUGAGCUGUAUCCUGUGAAACCGUCGUUCAAUGCCCCCGUCUAUUUUUCGCUAGAGCGUGCUGCUGCUCCUUAUUUCGGAUUGAAGGGUUAUGGUGUUCACAUGAAUGGGUAUGUAGAAAGGGAUGGACAAAAGUUUCUAUGGAUAGGUAAGAGAAGUCUCUCAAAAUCCACUUAUCCAGGAAUGCUUGAUCAUCUGGUUGCUGGAGGAUUGCCUCACGGGAUUAGCUGUGGUGAGAAUCUUGUAAAGGAAUGCGAAGAGGAAGCUGGAAUUUCCAAAGUCAUUGCUCAUAGGGCGAUACCGGUCGGUGCUGUUUCGUACAUGGAUAUCGAUCACUACUGUUUCAAACGUGAUGUGCUGUUUUGUUAUGAUUUGGAACUCCCUGAAGAUUUUGUUCCCAAAAAUCAAGAUGGAGAAGUUGAGAGCUUCAAGUUGAUUCGAGUUGCCCAAGUUGCUAAUGUGAUUCGAAAGACUAGUUUUUUCAAGGCGAAUUGUUCCCUCGUCAUUAUUGACUUCUUGUUUCGGCACGGGUUCAUCAGACCAGAAUCAUCUGGUUACUUGGAUCUAUACCGAAGUCUGAGGAAUGGAGAUUGCUCAUAAAGGAUGCUACUGUCUUUUUCCUAUCUGAUGUUUGUAACUUAUUCUAUCGAGAGGGUUCAGGUUUCUUCAUGAACAUACACCAACCAAGGAAGUCCAAAUGAGCAAAACCAGCAGAGAUUAGCUAGAUGGCUGAAAUUACUUACACCAAACAGAAUAUCCAUUUUAUAACGAUAUCUUUUACUUCUGUAUCGUCUUCGUGACCUAACAGCCUUUUUCAGAAGGAUGCAAAGUUAAUAUUAAUAAUAAGCAAAAAACAAAACAAAAAA